AAGCGAGGCUGUCAUAACAUUCCCUUUCCACUAGCAGCAGAACAAGGGUGCCUUCCGACCGGAAGCUGGAAACUCCAUCAAACAAAAAUCGAUAACACAAAAACAGGGUGCAAGAGGAGGGAUUUGAUUAUGCAUAAUUGAUCUCUUCUUUUCGUGGAAAGAGCACCGACCAACCGAAUGUCCAGCUCGCCUUCUUUGUGUCAGACAAAGGGAUGUUCUCGUAGGCUUAAAGCCUGGCAUCAAAAUGGCUUCCCCCGCCGAAAGUUCUGAGAAUGAAUACCCAGGUUCUCCAGAAGAAAGCGUAAAUGGCGCUGCUGGCGCCCAACACGGAGAAGGCGAAGAAACUGAAAACUUUCAAGGUCCUCACAAAUGGAGACAGAACUUAAGGCACGUAAAAGCUCCGAAGUUUGAAAACAGCGACAUCGCCUCUGACAUAACUGAGUCUGCAAGAGACUGCGUGUCCGAUAGGAAACUAUCAGUGGUGUCAGAGGAAGACUUAGCUGACAAUGCUGCACGCUCAAAUAAGACCAACCCAGAAAUUCCACCAUGGAAGAAAGAAUACCUGGAAAAGAAAAAGGACCAUCAGACUGGGAAAGUGUCUAGUUCUGGAGCAUCACAGAUACCUAUUAGUAACCUGAUGAGGCGCCGAAGUAAACAUCUGUCAGAGACGGAAUCUGCAUUCACACGCCAAGUUGUCAAUAGUGGAAUUACACAGUCUUCAAGGAAGAAAAUAUCACCAUCAAAUUCAUUUCGCAGUCAAUCAGCCAACACUUAUACCGGUCGGAAAACACCAUCACAGGGCUCUCUGACAGAUGUUUCAUCCACUUAUCUAACUCAAAAACGAAUUGAGCGAGUACAGCGUGCUCGUCUUUAUCUGCUGCAGCAGACAGGGCCUAACUCCUUCCUUAUAGGUGGGGAUUCUCCAGACCACAAAUUUCGUGUCAUCAUCGGACCACAGACAUGCAGCUGUGGCCGGGGACCCCAUUGUGUUCAUGUCCUCUUUGUCAUGCUUCGUGUCUUUCAAGUUGGAGAGAGUGAUCCCUGCCUGUCCAGCAAAACCUUGAAAAACUAUGAGGUGGAGAACCUCUUUCGGAUUUACCAUGAUAAACGAAGCUCGCGCCUUACCCAGCGACGGCAAGAAAAACCAAAAGAAAUUCAUACACCUGAAGAGGGUACAGAACAAGCUGUGUCUCUGAUGGGAGGAAACAGCAAUCCAUCCGAGAAUGAUGCAGGUAGCACAAAAGAAGAGGAGGACAUUUGUCCUAUCUGCCUGCUAGAGAUGCUUGAGGGAGAGAGUCUCAUCAAAUGUGAGAAAGGCUGCAACAACCGCCUGCAUCACCACUGCAUAGCUAUUUGGUUUGAGGAGUGCCGCCGUCAAAAUGAUCCAUUGAACUGCCCUCUUUGCCGUGCCCAGUGGACAACUAACACAACUGAAAUUAAGAUCAGCAGUAACCAGGGAGAGAACAAUGAUCUGCUGGAAGCCCCCACUAGCACACGUUCUUCAUCGCCACAGGCAACGCGAGUUGAGUCAGACAGUCAGCUGCCACAUGCUGAGCCAGUGCCACAAGAGUUUGAGGCUGUUGCUGCACCAUGGAAAGAGGCUUUAGGAGAGGACCUUGUGAACUGUCUUUUCUCACGUAAUUGGUCCAUUCGAGAGACGGGCCUAAAGCAUCUGGGCAAAGAGCUUGUGGGCACAUUACUGCGCAGUGCUGGAGAAGGACGUUCUGGUGCUAUUGUGUCUUCUACCCGUACAGCUGCAACACAAAACAUGCUCGAAACAACAUCCCACAUUCUGGCCCACAUGUGUGCUGAUCCUGUAUACAGAGUUUUUGUUGCCAGCUUGCGAUCCAUGCGAACAAUGUUGGGGUAUACACCGUGUCGAGAUGAGCACCAGAGAGAACGUCUUCAAAAGCUGUUGAAACCAAUUGUUGAUGCUAUCUUCCUGAAAUGCACGGAUGGCAACAGACGCACAAGUCAGCUGUCACUUUCAACACUGGUGGAGCUUGCUAAAGGCCAAAAUGGAGAACUAGCUGUUGGACGAGAGAUUGUCAAUCCUGGAACAGAUGGCUUACAUGGCCUAGACUUUGUUGUGAAGUGUGCUACAGAGGAUUACAAUAUAGACAGCGUGCAGUGGCAGUGGCUUCUGGGGCGUCUUUACAUCAUUGACAAACUAAUUGAAGAGUUCCCCAACGAUUUUCUGCCUCAUCGUAUACUUCCUGAUGGAGCUGGCGCAGCAGUUGAAAAAGAUGAGCCACCAGAAGAGGCUGGUGCUGCAAGCGAAAACAAACCAUCGCAGGAUCCACCGCAUCAGGCCAAUUAUGCACGACUGAUGUCCGUAGCACAUUUUGCUGUAAAAGCAGUGUGCAGUUCUCACAUGCGCAUUGCACGGAUGUCACGUCGAGUUUUUCUCCUUAGUGCCAAGCUUGGAGCUCACCUGGAGCAGGUGAUCGAUCAGCUCGAGGAACUCUUAAACAACAUAUCAUCAUCCUCUAUUCUUUCUUUAAAGCGAAAACUUCGUCGAAUUGUGGCAGACUUCCAACUGUCAGAAAAGAUCGUUCAUGAGUUGCAGCAUGGGUCAGAGAAACUUGUUCAUGGCACUAAAUUUGAGUCAACUUCAUCUACGCCAGUAGAUUCACCUUUAUCAAGCCCUCGGUGCCAUUCCCCCAGUACUGUGGUAUUGGAAGAAGCUGGUGACGGCAGCAAACAAAAUUCUUGCCCAGUUACAUCUCCCAUCAUCCCCCAACAAAAAACUCAUCGCAAACUUCGGCGUCAUUCAGCUAGGAGAAGUUUCCGUGAAUGCUCUGUGUCUAGGGCAGCUCCCUCUCCUCAGGGGGAAACAGAUUUGUCAACAUUUGGUAGGGAGGGAAAGACUGAUAAUGCUGUAGUUGAGGCAUCUAUCAAAGAAAACGUAAGCAGCACUUUCAAACCCCCCACCAACCUCCCUUGUGCUUCACCUCCACGCCCUCUCACCCCACCUCGUACCCUUGCAUGUUUCACACCCACCAUUAAAGUAAACAGUAUACUUGUGUCAUCUGGCCAGUACACAGCUGUUGAAAGGAGAGACAGACAAGAAGAGUGUGGCAAUGAGACAUUGCGAAGAACUUACCUUGAUUCCUCAGUUUCCUUAAAGAUGGGUGAAAUGACGAUGUUUGUGGAUGAAGGUGAAAUAAAAUCCCCUCCCCCAGAUGUACUUAUUGCUGAAGAGAAGAAGUCAUUUUCAUUGAAGAAGUGCUGUUGUCCUUGUCACCAGCAUGAUACCAGUCUUUAUGAUGAUGCAGCAUCGCAGACCUCUGGGUUUGCAGGUGUGCACAACUCUCCACAGAGUUAUCGAAACAGGUUCCACACUGCAGAGCAAGAGUCUAUGAGCAGUGAUGACUUUUUAGAUUUCAGUGCUUCAUCAACCUCCAACAACGAAAAGCCUGUCUCUUUCAAGUCAGAAGUCGCUGAAUCUCCAAAGAGCUCACCUAGUCACACACUCAGUGGUGGAAGCCAGCAUGCUGACUGCACGUGCAAAGAGGAAGUGGAGAAAGAAGAGGCUGAAGCUCUGGCUCUGGCCAUGGAAGUCUCAGAACAACAGACUCCAAUUCCUAUAGUACCUGGCCUGACCCCCACAGCCAGAGAGGAAGUGAUCACCAUUCGCAUACAACCUGAUGAGGCCAACAAUGGAAGUGGAGAUAUGUCUACUCGAAACAGUCAGACGUAUAUGGAGGGUUUUCACUGGGUGAAGGGGCCUUUGCUGGGCACAGGUGCCUUCAGCACAUGUUAUCAGGCACGUGAUGCUCGUACAGGUGUAAUUAUGGCUGUCAAACAGAUUUCCUUUUGUCGCAAUUCUCCUGUUGAGCAAGAGUCCGUGAUUGAAGCUAUUACAACAGAGAUUCACAUGAUGUCUCGACUGAGCCAUCCUAAUGUGGUGAGAAUUCUGGGUGCUACCAAGCAGGGCUGUCACUUCAACAUGUUUGUGGAGUGGAUGCCAGGUGGGUCAGUGUCAUAUCUUCUGGGUCAGUAUGGAGCAUUCACAGAGCAUGUCAUCAUAAACUACACACGUCAGAUACUUCGUGGCUUGGCAUACCUUCAUGACAAUCACAUUCUCCAUAGGGAUCUCAAAGGUGCCAACCUGCUGCUGGACAGCACGGGACAGCUUCUAAGAAUUGGGGACUUUGGUGCUUCUGCUCGCCUGGCUUCGCAAAGUACUGGUGCUGGAGAAUUUCAAGGCCAGCUCUUAGGCACUAUCGCCUUCAUGGCACCAGAGGUACUUCGUGGGGAGAGUUAUGGCCGGGCCUGUGACGUGUGGAGUGUUGGCUGUGUUAUGAUAGAAAUGAGCACAUGCCGGCCACCUUGGAACUCACAUGACAUAUCCAAUCACCUGGCUCUUAUUUUUAAGAUAGCCUCGUCAGUAGAUCCACCACCCAUUCCAGACAACUUGUCACCACCUGUCAGGGACCUAUUGCUGCGGUGUCUGGAACAGAAGUCAGAGUUCCGUCCACCUGCCAAAGACCUGCUUAUGCAUCCACUCUUCAUACAGUAUUCUAACAAAUAGUGGCUGCAAUGGGAUUGUGCAGGACUUUUCGAGCGUAACAAAUCUGAAAAAAAAGAAGGGUUGGAAGUUUGAAAAGAGACAAGAAAUGAUGACAAGGUGAGAAUGGAGAUGAAGUGACUGCUGUAAAGGAGAUAAAAAAAAUAGAACAGCAGGAUAUUUCUCCCCACGGUGUUUUGCCAAGGUGCACAAAGUUAAACAUAAAUAGAUUUUGCCUGUAUUUCUUGAGUAGAAAAUGCUUCAUGUCAAACCAUGAGGUCUAUGCAGAACGCUACAAUCUUGUGCUACAUUUGAACAAGUUCUCAGACUAUGUUAGAACAGGCUGUUAGACCUGGCAAACACGCUGCUGAACUUUCCUCCUUAUCACCUUUAUGACACGAUCAAAAACAUUGUCUCUGAUAAAAUUUUCAUGGACCCUUCAUUUCGAGGAGACCAAUUUUUACUUUUUUUUUUUUUUUGAUGCGUGUCAUGUUUACAUGACUUGCAAGGUGCGGGCCUGUCCUCUUUUGGCAGGUCCCCUUUGGUGAAGAAACCAGUUACAAGGCAGUUCUUGUGAUAAAAUGGACUUUCUCAUGGCAGCAUUAACUGUAAAUUUUCUCAUCUGGAUAUUAGAAUAUUUUGACAUUUCUUUACUCAGUAAAAAUACUUAUAGAAGCUUACUUAAAAGCACUUUUGAUUAAUACUUUCUUGUGAAAGAAAUAUUGUUUAAAUAUUGCAGAUGAUGUAGUAACAGGAGAAAAAGAUACUGUAAAUGAAUUUUUAGAAAUGUUACAAGAUACAUUACAAUACCUGUCAGAUUGAAGGUUGGCUUAGAGGACAAAUUUAAAAGAUAUAAAUGAAAGAAGGGUGUAUAUUUCACAGAGUGCUGCCUUGUAGGACGACUGAAUAUUUACAAUGUUGAUUUCCUAACCUCGAGGAGACAAGGUACUGUGGGCAGGGAGGAGGUAAUUGGCAGGUUGCCUGUACCUCUUCACUCCCUUUGCCUCCUGUGUAAGAGGUUGGAUGCACCAGUUGCCAUCUACUGGCAGUGGUUUGAAGUGCUUCUGACCUUUUCAGCAGGAAAUCUCCAAAGCAUUCCACUGUUGCACUGUUUAAGUAUAUAACUCCUUAAUGCGAGAUGUACUUGAAUUGUCAAAAUGUUUUUGUAUAUACCAGAGCUGUCCAAUUUGCCCCAGAUUCUUUACAUUUUCAGUCAUUUAAGACAUUCACACAGCAAAGAAUGGAAAAGGUUAAUAAUGCCAGGCAUGGAAAUGCUCAUGUGAUUGAAAAUAUUCAUCACUCUUCUGUGAUUGUGGCUGAAAAUGCUCAUUCUGAAUGUAGCAGUGUCCUCAGGACAUGACCUGAAGUGUUCCAGUCUUCCAGCUGGCGUCAGGACUGUGUUCAUGAUCAAACCUGUCUCACAGCAUUCACUCAUCUCAUCUUCAUCAGAAUAUAUUUUUUAUGGUGCACAUACACUGGUAGAUAAAAGUAAGGGUCAAUUCAGAACAUUCUCGAUCUGGAGCACAAAUAACCAUAGAUGAAAGAUAAAUGUUACCAUCAAUUUAAGGAUGGGAAAAAUAGGUUAUGCACUGCUAUGCACACUUAAAAAUAUUUGGCCUUAAAGAUACUCAGUUUAAUUAUGAUGAUAGCACCAGUUGUGUCAAAAAUUUUAUAAAAGUGCCUUUUAUACAAAGUGUAUAUUAUUUUACAUUUUAUCUUGGGGCAUCUUGUUCUCUGUGCCAUGAUAACAGCUUUGGUCACUUGAGUAAUUUUAAUUUUUCAUGUCUAAAUUUUAAGACUGGGUACACUGUUAAUCAGGGCUUUAAAAGACAACCGACAAACGUGUCUGUUAUAGAUUUUGUUGCAUUUAUUUUUAGCUGUAAAAAAUGGCAUACAUAAAAUGUAUUAGUUUAAUUAUAAAAAUUGCAGUCAUAAGGGGACCCCCAACUGGUUAGUAUUAUAGUUCAUAACUGUCAUUGGUCUGUUUGUAUUUUACUGAACAAGCAAAGAAUCUGUACAUGGAAAAUGUGGGAGAAUCUGUAAAUGGUAAAUAUGUAAAAUAGAAUCUGUUCAUGGUGAGGAUGUGAGAAUAUGUACAUGGUGAAUGUGUGAGAGUCUGUUUAUGGGGAAUGUGUGAGAAUCUGUAUAUGGUAAAUAUGUAUAAUAGAAAUGUACAUGGUGAGGAUGUGAGUGAAUCUGUACAUGGUGAAUGUUAGAGAGAGAGAAAUCCUGUUUCCAUCAGGAAGUUUCUUGUCACUUUAAAGAAAAUGCAUUUAUCCUCAAGAUAACUUUGUUAGUGUGCUGUGCACAAAUGUUUUCUCCCUUGCCUUGCAGGGGAUAGGUUUUCGUAAAAUCCUAAGCGAAUCAUUUGUACCUUUUGGCAACAUAUCCUGCCCCAUCAGCCCUGACACUUACAUUUGUCUAAAUCCUGCAAGCUUUCACUUGGAUCUUGUUGCAUAAAAUGAGAUUUACAAAAAAGUGAAAUGAAUUUUAUCCCGAUUUUUACCAGAAUAACUUGGCUUUCAUGUCUUUAUUUUUCAAAGGCCAGGUACUGAAUUGAUAGUACAGUAUGUUGAUUAAACAUACUUGAGUUGUAGAAACAUGGGUUCGUUUUCUACACUUAUAUUAAACUGUCUCAUUCAAUGAAGUAGUUAAGAUUUUAAGGGUCAUCUUAGGUAAUAUUUUGUAUGAAUUUACAACUUUUUGUGAAAGCUUUAUGACCUUGAUAGUGCUCUUUAGAUAAGGGCAUUCACACCUCUACUGAAAUGGAACCAUGAUUGUAUUCUAAAAAUACAUGUACAAGGCAUCACCAGAUUUUAUGUUCUUGUUGCCAAACUGGAUGGUAAUGGAUAGAAAAUCGAGACUGAAGUGAUGCAGCUCUGCUGUAGCACUUUUAUAUGACCCCACUGCUUCCAAGUGUGAACAUGUUGCUGUUUGCUUGUGUUGCUAGUCAUGGAAAUGUGAUACUGAAAACAACCAAGGAAUGUGCAAUGAUCUCUGUGAUUUUGGGGGGAAAUGUGAAGAACUGAUGAUGUCACUUGCUGGUGUGACACUCAGGCACAGUGUCAAAAAGCUUUAACUGAACCUACACUGCUGACAGCAUGUGCGUGGUGCCACAAUGGGUUUAGGAAAGUUGUAGGCGGCCAGGACAGAAUGGUCUUGCAAUUUCCUUGAGAAUGAAUGGUAAUGGUAGCAUCAGGAAGUUUACAAAGCACAUGGCAACAUAGGCUGGGUCAUUAGUUCAAAACCAACUGUUCUUGGAAAUAUGCCACUCAAUUGGACAUCAGUGCCAGACCUUACGGAUUACACAUUUAACAAGCUUUUUGGGUUUUGCCUUAGUGUACUUAAGCAAGGGCAAUAAUAUAUCUGUGUCCAUGUUACACAAGAGAUGUAUCCAACUGCUUGGUGCCUUAAUUGCAAAUGCUUUGUCCACCAAGUACAGUGCCUUUGCCAUUAAGAAAUCUAUGCAUUAAGAUGAAAUGUAGACAUCUUGAUAGCUUGUGUGUUAUUAGAAGUGUAGACAUCCUAAUAUUAGAGGUGACAAGUCAUAUCAUUUCUAGACACUAGAAGAAAGAAAGACUGAGUGGGUUUUUUCCUGGUUGUGAUGUGUAAAUGACUUUUUUUUGGUACAGUGUGCAUUCAAGAAUCAUAUCAUGUUACAUUUUCUAGGCCAUUUUUUAACAUUAUCAGCCAUGUCUGAAAAUAAAAUUGAAAUUCUUUGUA